AUGGCCCAAUUCUGGCAGAGCUUCCAGGACGUCUACGGCGACUUUGGCGAAGCCAGCACCACCGUGGACGAAUAUGCGAUAGCCAACAUCCAGAGCGCUCAGCCCGAACCCGUCAGCGUCGGCAGCGAUGCAGACGAUAUAAACCCCACCAACCUUCUGCGUGCUAGAAAAGAUGUUAUAGGAAUGAUCGCAGACGCGUCGCUCUCGGCUUCAGGGGCCCUGGUGCCCGAGGCUGAGUCCGCCGUGCGCGCCCGAAUCCGAGACUGUCUGGAGAUGGAGUCGCGCUUGCACCGAGGCGGCCAGGACGCGGCUGAAGCUGUCAACUUGUUGCAAUACGUGCUCGGAAAAACCGAUAGCUUCUUGAACAAAAACCCGCUCCAUCGGGCCAAGCUCCUGGUUCAGCUUAUCCUGGAGACGAACAAGGAGAGAGAACGACGGCUUCCACUGUUGCGUCCCAGCGGGGGACAACAUCCCUUGUUCAUGGCCAUCGAAUUUGACAUCGGGUCCAAGAAGGACGAAGAGCCCUCGGACCUCGCUAGAUUCCUAUGCAGCGUCUUGGACCAACGCGAAGCGGCCGACGCGAUAUCCACGCAGAACGCGGCCGGCGAGACAUGUCUCCAUCAAGCCAUCCGGAAGGACCUGGACGGAGUCGAGGAGAUGAUCGACCUCGCGCACAUCGAGAUCUUUCAGUGCCAAAGCCUGCCCAAGAGCCCUCCCGCACCCCAGCAGUGGGAAGGGCCGCGCGAGGAACAUGACGGGAACACGCCCUUGCACGACGCCCUGCACCACUCGAAAUGCUACCCUGCCUUCCCGGGGUGUCCACCGGCAGUGCGCUGGCUCUUCAAGGCGGUCAUGCCCGACCAGGCGGCACCGGUCACGUCCGCCCAGCCGAACCAGCACAGGGCCCAGGUGCAGGCACCGCGGCCGGAUGCAAGUGGCCCGGCCGGCCAGGCAAACAAGGCCGGCCAACCGCUCACCCGGCGGCCGACCCUGCCCCCCUCGUCCUCGGAGCUUGGGGCCAACGCGUGCAGCACCUGCAAGGCGGCCGCCCAGACCUUCCUCGAGACGAGAGCCCGCCGGCUGCGCAUCUUGGAGAAGCUCCUGCAGCGCGACAGUCAUGCCUUGACCGUGCACAACUCGACCGGCCAGUCGCCAUACCUUUACUUCACGCGCGACGCCACCAAGGCUGCAGAGGCGGCCGCUAGAUCCACGAACACUAGUCUGGGCGGGCCGGGGGAGAGGGGAGCUCUGAAGCCGUCCGAUGUCUCCGCUAUUGCGAAGGGCAAGGGCGCCUCCGACAGUGGGAAGAAUACAGAGCCCUCCAUCGCUUUGCAGGGCAACCAGGCCAGCCCGGCCAACAAGAAGGCCCCUAUGCAGGGUUCGGUGUCCUCACACGAGCUCCAUCAUCUACGGACGGAUUUGUUAGCCAUAGAGAUUACCAACCUCUGUCAGCGCGAGGUGUUCGAGCUGGGUGGGUAUGAAAAGGCGUACCAAUGUCUCUUUCCGAGCCAGAAAGCCGCCACGGCACCCACCUGUCAGGCCGAGGCCGACCUCGAUGUAUUUUUCAUCUUGGACGGGAAGACGCAGCGCAUCUCCCAUACUACUACCUCCAACUUCAACUAUCUCCAGUUCGCGCCCGAAAUGGCCAAAGUCGUCCUGAGCCUCGAAUAUAACCGCGAUCGAGUUGUUGGGUCGUUGGAUGAAGUUUGGAAAUCGGACCAACUCAACAUCAUCAAUGUCUUCAAGUGGCUCAAGGGCCGCAAAGACAGCCCCAGGGCUCCAGGAAAGGGAGUGAGGUCAAUACUCAAGCUGGUCGUGCUUGACAACAAGGAGCGGCCUUGCAGCGACGAGACGGUGGAAAAAUGCCUCGACGGCCUCGAGAUUCGCUACCUGGACUGGAACACGCCAGAUCUGGCGGCCGAGACGCUAGGAAAGGCCAAGGAGCUGGUCGAGCUCGACCUGUACUGGAGUGGCCUGCGGGCCGUCAUGAGCGGUUGGCUGGACACCAAGGGGCUGAGCAUUCUCAAGAGCCUGCGCACUAUCCGCCUCCACGCCAGGCCGGGCCGCGAAGAGGCUGGCGUCCAGCUACUGAAGGACCUCGUUGUUGUCAGCAAUCCGGGCCAGCCGGAAUCGGACAGGGCGCUACGGAAAGUAAUCCCGGCCGACAAGAACAAGAAGCCGCAGGCGUCCAGCGGGGCCGAAGGUCGUUCGGACGACUCGAACGAUUCCACUCUGCCGCAUCCGUGGAUCAAGGCGGCCAAGGCGAUGGGCGAGUGGCUCGUGAACCUGGAUGGGAUUUCGGAAAGGCCGCCCGGCCGCGACCAGCUGGUCAAGAUAGCCUUGCUGGACGAUGGUGUCGACCCCACCUUCCAUGGGGUCGGUCGCUACCUGGCACAUCCAAGGUGGCCGCGGGACAGCUCAAGCGACCCCAAGCCCUUGUUCCUGUCGUCCAAGCAGCAUGGCAGCAAGCUUGCCUGGCUCAUCAAGUCAGUUUGUCCCCAUGUUAGAAUCUACGUGGGCAAGCUCACCUACGAGUCGGACAACGGCCUGAGGCAGCGCAGCUUCAGCUUGAAGCAGGCCAAGGACGCCAUAGACUGGGCGGUCCGUUGCAAGGUGGACAUCAUCUCCAUGAGCUGGAGCGUCAGGAAGCUCUCCGAGAAGAAAGGGAACCAAGCCGACGACAUUGAAGCCCUAAAGACGUCCAUCGACAAUGCGUCCAAGGCGAACAUCCUCAUGUUCUGCGCGGCCGGGGACAACAUGGGCAACAGCCGGUCCGACAAUGAAUGGCUGCCGUGCGGCUGGCCCGAGACGCGCAGCAUUGGGGCCACUGACCGGUACAACGGCAUCCAGCCGUACGUGGUCCAGAGGGGGGUCGACUACUACUUCCCGGGCGAGUACCUGUUUGUCGACAUCGACAAGAGCCCUACCACCUACCAAGCCGGCAACUCGGGCGCCACCGCCUUGGCCUCGGGCCUGGCCGCCCUGGUCCUCUUUUGCAUGCGCAGAGAGAAGCUCGCCAUCCCCAAGGACGUAGCCAAGUUCAUGGACCGCGUCAUGACCAACGUCUUCACCAGCCGAGACGGGACCAACCUCGACAAGGUGGUCCAGUCGAGCGUUUUGAUAAGGGCUGUUAACGACAACAUGGAAUUGAAGGAGCUGGCGGGUAAAUUCAGUGCCCAGUUUGACGGAUAAAGCUGAGCCUGGCUCAAACGAUGGCGCGAAAGAUUGCGGCACAAGUCAAGUCCAGAGACAAGUCACAACAUGGGCUAAUGUUUGAGUGAUUAGGUACCCAGGUAUAUGAUGCGGUUGGAGGGACUGCCUGUUGUGGAUUCACUAGCCACGAUAGGUAUGUGGGGCCGAUGGGUCGUGGUAAAUGCAAUGUAGCAGCCGCGUGAUGGCUGACGGAGGUGUCAGGCAAAAGUUUUCGCCGUGGGGCAUGUAUCGACCAGGGCAGGGCGUGUUCAGCUCCUACCAAAUAAGGCCUAGUGUGAUGAUCUCUAGGGUCAUGGAAAGUAGUGCAAAAGUUGAGGGAUCGCCUGCCGGAGGCCCCCGCGUGCCCAAUUGGGAUAAGCCCAAUUGGGAGGCGCGUGGUCACCUGA